UCCCAUGCCAAUGUGAAAGUCGGUCAUCUAGAUGGGCAAAAUUCAUCUGACACACUAACUUUAUUAAUAUAAAUAAAUGCCAGCCAAGAUACUACCAAUAUUCCAGUUUACAAUCUUCGAGUGGCAAUACUCUUUUCUCCUUUUCUUUGCAUCUUCCUCAGUACCUUCCUACAACCUGAGGAUCUCCUAAAACUUCUAUUCUAUAUAUCAUCUCUUCAUUGGCUUAAACAAAGAUAGAAAGUUAGAAAGACAGAUAGUAUUUUCUGAAGAAAUCAAGAACUUGGCUAUGGAAUUCACUAGUUUGCAUGAUACUUCAUUGGAUCUUAAUGCCAAACCAGCUCUAAGGAUUUUCGACGAUGCCCAGAUACUGAGAGGUGCUCUAAUGGAGGAGCUAAAGAGGGUGAGCGCAGAAAACGUAAAACUGACAGAACUAUUAACAGUUACAUGUGAGAAUUAUAAUGAACUGCGAAAACAAUUAACGGAGUAUACAUCGAAGAAUCCUGCACUGAAGAAGAGAAAAGCUGAAAGCAGCAUCAAUAAUGGGAAUAAUAAUCAUGGAAGGAAUGGCUCUGAUAAGAGUAGCUCAAGUGAUGAAGAUUCAUGCAAGAAACCAAGGGAAGAACAAAUAAAAGAACAGAUUUCUCGGGUUUAUCUACGAACAGAAGCAUCUGAUAUGAGCCUUGUUGUCAAGGAUGGAUAUCAAUGGAGGAAAUAUGGACAAAAGGUCACAAGGGACAACCCUUCACCAAGAGCUUACUUCAGGUGUUCUUUUGCUCCAACUUGUCCUGUCAAAAAGAAGGUUCAAAGAAGUAUUGAUGAUCAAUCUAUUCUAGUUGCUACAUAUGAAGGCGAUCACAACCAUCCUCAACCCUCAAAACUUGAGUCCACUUCAGGCUCUAAUCGGUGCACGACACUUGGCACGUCCCCGACCUCUUUCAGCUCAUCCAGGUCUACCAUUACACUUGAUCUUGCGAAACCAGAGAAAACUACAGAUAGUGCAAGAAGUUCAAUCAGAAAAAUUGAUUCACCAGAAUUCCAGCAGUAUUUGGUGGAACAAAUGGCUUCUAUACUAACGAAAGAUCCCAACUUUAAAGCAAGCCUAGCAGCUGCCAUUUCAGGCAACUUUCUCCAGCAGAAUAAACAGACAGGUAAGAGCUCAAAUGAAGAAGUUGGUGAGGGUAUUUUGGGGCCUUUGACACUGUGCAGGGAAUGAACUAGUUGAUACAAAUCGACGUUGUGACAAGAAGACGAGUGGUUGGAACUGAAAAACAAUUUGUUUUCUCGACACCCAAAUGGUCGACCGGACCCCAAAAAAAUCCGGGACAGACCUAAUCUAGCUGUGGUUAGAAAUUGUGAUGACUGAUGAGGAUUUUGUAUGAGCCAAAAGCCAUAAUGGUUAAUUCAAUCAUAUAAUGAGCAAAAGCUUGUAGAGGUGUAGGUCAUCUAGCAUAGAGGGGAACACAUACCUUAACAUCUCAAAGAAAAUAUAAAAUUAUUAUAUUAUAUUCCUCAAUUA